GUAGCUAAUGCUAUGGCUGGAUCACGAUCUUGGAUAGGAGGGGUUUUUAAUCGUUUAAGCAAUAAGCGCCAUGAGAAGUUCAUCGAGUACCCUUUGACACCUAUUCAGGAUCAAAGACUUCAAAAGCUUCGAGAACGAAUGCAGAUACCUUUCGACGAGACUCGUCCUGACCAUCAGGAAGCUCUCAGAGAAUUGUGGCACAUUGCAUUUCCUAAUGUUGCUCUGAAAGGAUUGGUAUCCCAACAGUGGAAAGAAAUGGGGUGGCAAGGCCCUAAUCCAUCGACCGAUUUUCGGGCUUGCGGUUUUAUAUCUCUGGAAAACUUGCUGUUUUAUGGCCGAACAUACCCGGCAUCUUUUCGUAGGUUAUUACUUAAGCAAGACGGAACUCGAGCAACUUGGGAAUACCCUUUCGCCGUCGCCGGCAUCAAUAUAUCUUUUAUGUUGAUUCAAAUGUUGGGUUUAUUAUCAGAGAAACCAAGUAAUCUCCCCGGAUUGAACUUCCUGAAACUAUUAGGAGAAGACGAACAAGCCUUCGAUGUACUAUAUUGUAUAGCCUUCGAAAUGGUCGAUGCCCAGUGGCUUGCUAUGCGCGCUUCCUACAUGGAGUUCAAAAAGGUUUUACAAGCAACGGGCUCACAGCUGGAGAGAGACCUGUGUUUGGAUAGCGUGCGUAGAAUACAGGAUUUACCAGCAUACAACUUGUUAUACCAGUAG